GUCAGCAUGUGUAACCAACUUGGGUGUGAGCUGAAGGGAGACCCACGAGAGCCACUUCAAACCAGUUUCUUGCAUCCGGUGACUGGUGAGAAAGUAUUUGUAGUGAUGGACGCUUGUCACAUGCUGAAGUUGGCACAUAAUAUGUUGCAGGCAUACAGUCCAAUUGCGACUGCGACCACUGGACAGAUCAAUUGGAGGUACAUCAAUCAUCUCAAUGAUGUGCAAAAAAAAGAUGGACUGCAUGCUGCCAAUAAAAUUACAGACAAACAUGUCUACUUUGAGAACCACAAGAUGAGGGUGUCUCUGGCUGCACAGACACUGAGUCGCUCUGUGUCAGUGGCUCUCCGCACAAUGAGGGAUCUUGGGUACUCUCAGUUUAAGGACUGUGAGGCAACGGCAGAAUUCAUUGAGAUUGUUGACAGGCUGUUUAAUACAAUGAAUGGACGCAAUCCUCGUGCCAAAGGAUUCAAAGCUCCCUUGGGUGCUUUGAAUUGGAUGGAGAGGAAAGCAUUUUUGUCAAGAGCCAGGGAGUACUUGUUCACUUUGCUGACAAAAGAUGGAACACCCGUUUACCAAUCUAAGAGGUCUAUUAAAAUAGUGUUGGUUAAGUUCAUGACAUGAGUUCAACAACACUUUGUUUCCCUUAUGCAUCGCGUUCCUAAGAUGCUUCUAACUGCUUCAGUCUUGUUUAUGUGUGAAUUGUUUUGUUAUCAGUGUUUUUUUCAGGUCAAAGAUGCUUCUAACUGGUAUGUAUUACACAACAUCACCUUUAUGCAGGUGUCAGAAAGAUGGUAUGCAUGUUGACAUGAUAUAUUUUUUUAAAUGUUUGUCAAUAUGCAGUUUAGCUUCUGUUGGAAUUAUCAUGUAUUCAAUGUGUUUCAGGUCCUAGAUGUUUCUAAAUGGUAUGUAUUUCCCAACAUCCAGUCCAUGUAGGUUUUCAAAAUGGUAGGUAUUGCAUGUGUUGUUCUCCCAGUUCUGGGUAAUUUUUCCUGUAGACAAUUGUUCCAUUGUCUAAAAGUAUACUGUAUAAGUUAAACAAGAAACUGAUCUCAUUCCUAAAAACAUGGAUGCAAACUAAUUA